UUUCAUUAUUUUAUAUAAAAAUAAUUUAACAAUUCCUAUACUAACAACUAUCAUCAAAACAAAUACAAUUUUACUUAAUCCCCUCACAAUCAAUCCCCUCCAUUCUACCUCUGAAAACAAAUUGUUCUUACUAUCUCUUUUCCCACCCUUCUUUCUCUGAAGUAAAUAAGAAUUUACAUAUUUAUCGCAUGUGCUGUUAUAUUUUGUAGUGGCUUAAGUAAAGGAUUAAUAACUAAUUGAAAGCUAAUAAAUUAACUAUCGUAACCCCUGUUUAUAAUUAAUUUCUUUGUUCCAACAUAAAUAUGUAGAGAUCUUUUCCCUAUUUGCUUAAUUCAUGUCCUGUUCUCAUGAAAGAAAGAAUACUUGAAGUACUUGUUAUUGGUGCAAAAGGCAUUAGACACACCAAUAUUAUUGGUGCUCUCUCUGUCUCUGGGUUUUAAAUAUCAGCCAAUAUGUAUCGAGAUUUUGGACUUUUUAAUAUCAAUAUUCACUAAUAUAUUUUUUGAUACUGUCUGACAUAAGCCAAUAUAUGACUGUAUCAUUGAUAUUAAUAUUUAUCUCAAUACCGUUAUUUAAAACCAUGCUCUGUCUCUCUUUUAGUUGAUCAUAGAUGCAAUGUCUAUGCAAUUCACAUGGGGUGUAGAAUUCAUUUUGGUUCUCCAUUUGGAAUAUUUUUCUCUAUGUUUUGUUCUAAUUGGAACCUUAUGUUCACAGGGAGACCAGCCUAUUAUGUCGUCGUUGAAUGUGGAACUCAAGUGCAAAGAAGCAAAAUUUCGAAAGGUAAUCACAAAGAAAAAGAAAUAUACUGGAACCAAAAAUUCACAUUUGAAUUUCCGCCUACUGAAUUGGAAAACAUGAGUCACCUUAAAUUCAAAAUCAUGGACAAGGAAUAUUUCACUGAUGGUGGAUUUGUUGGUGAAACCAUAGUUUAUCUCCGAGGGUUAAUUGUGGAGGGAAAUGACAAGAAAAUUGUAGAAAUAAGACCAACUCCAUACAAUGUAGUGCUCGAAGAUGACACCUACAAAGGACAAAUAAAGAUUGGGCUCAAAUUCAUCCCUAAUAAAGAAGAUUCUACGGAAAAAAGAAUAUUUGUCAAAGAGGAGCAAGAAUUAGGGCAAUCGAUAUGCGAGAGAUUCAUGAAUCUCUGGAGAAUCCCAUGGAGGAGGUUCUUGUUUUUCUGUGAAAAUACAAGUUCUAAUGACAAACAAAAGCAAGUUUAAAGGCAAUUGAGUUGUAAUAUGGAUAGUGUAUGUGACCUUUGGCUUCAUUGUUUUAUGUGCUUGUUGGUUCAUCUUUUCCUUCGCUCUUGUGAAUCCAUCAACCAACACUAGCUAAGGGCUCUUAAAUUAGUC